CUAGUCACGAAGAAAGUGUAUAUCCGGGAUAGCAGUUGUCUGCUUUCAGCCCGUGGCGGUUUUUACAUCUACGUCCUGCAGGCGCAAGUUUGACUGGAAGAUGACUGAUAUCACUGGUUUGUCCAGCGGCUUCAUAUCCUUGCUGAAUCUUCUUGCAUUUCAAAUCGUGAUAAGAGCGGAAGACGUCAGUAAGCCUAGGCGGUCAUGCAGACUCUACAGCAUCAACGUCAGUCUGAUUCUCAUAGGCCUCCCGCGCCCAUAUUGAGGCUGGAGUCCGAGGAGCCUGUUCGAGGACAAAUGACGCGUUACCAUUCACUUCAGACGUCUCAGAGGCAACUGGUGCCUAGACAGAGACCUCUAAUUGUGUCACACGAAAGUAGACAAAUGGAAGUAGAAAGAGCGACUGUGCAAGAGGUUGAUGCUCAACAAGUUGGUGAAAGAAGUGAUCUGCAAAUUCAGCGUGUGAGUCAGAUUCACAUGUCUGUUUUUCGUGAUUUGAGUAAAUAUGAACAAGAAAGAGCAUCAACAAAGAUGAUGCUUGAUGAAAAGGAAAGACAGCUGAUGGAGACAGUAAAGACAGCAGAACAGCAGAAGAAAAACAUGAUCGAUCUUCAGCUGAAAUGUGAGAAGCUAAGUUCUAUGCUUCAAAAUGAGCAAACCAGCCAGCAAGAGAUACAGCAUAGGAUUUAUGCUACAAAACAAUUAUGUGGUGCUCUAAAGGAGCAGGCCAAUCGGCUAGCAGAUAGUGUUUGUAGAGGAGAAGGUGACAGAGACGAGCUUCGAUUGCAAGAAAGGCAGCUUUUGGAUCAACAUGAUGAACUGUUGACCAAGUUUCGAGAGUUAGAUGUAUCUCAAAGGAAGAAACACGAUGAGCUGAAGAAACGCUGCAAUGAACAGGAGAUUCAGCUGAAAGAACAAGAACAUUUGUAUACAACAUCACUAAGGUCUAUGGAAUUGAAGCUGUCUUGUCUUGAUGACAAAUGUGCUGAGCAGUCAGAACAGCUGAGGGUUAUGUCUUCUGAUCUUCAACAGGAACUCGAUCACUGCUCUUCACUGCAGCGAGAAAAAUCUCUUCUAAAAGAACAACUGAAAAAGACUGAGACUGUCAAGUCUUCUCAGGAGGAUACAAUGAAAGCAUUAAGUGACAAAAUCAAGGAUUAUGAGGUUGGAAAUGCUGAAAUGACAGAAAAAAUUACGGCUUUGACUACUCAACUUAGAGAUGCCGAGACAGAAAUUUCUCGGAAAAGUUGUGAGUACACUCAGGCACAAGCUCAGUAUCAAGCGGCUGCAAGAGUUCUUGAGGACAACAUAGCUCUUCGUACAGCUGAUCUGCACAACUCUCGGGAGAGGACUUACUCGUUAGAAAAUGAAUUGAAUGGUCUACACGGUGAAAUGAAAGAUCUCAGAGAAUCACUAGACAGUGCACAUUCCCAGAAGUUGGAAGCAGAUCAGUUUAUUGCAGAACUUCUUAAGAAAAAUGAAGUCCAAGAACUCCAAGUGCACGACCUUUCUGACCAACUUAGUGUUGUCAGCAAAAACAGAGACAGUGCAUUGACUGAUGUGAAUGUUUUAGUUAGUGAAAAAUGUGGAUUGGAGUCUAAGGUAGUUGAGCUUGAAAGCAGCAUUACUGGACUGAUUGACAGAUCGGCUCUGUUGGAGAAGCAACUUAGUUCUCACACUGGUCUGCUUAGAGAGAGAGAGGCUGCUGUUUCUAAGCUAACCAAUGACCUUGAAGUUGCUCUCAGUAAUCAGAAAACAACCUCAUCUGAGCUGAAUAACCUACGUCAACAGCAAGAGAAAGACAGUGACAAGCAAAGUCGAGUUGCCAAGAUUCUGAAUGAAACAGAAACUGAGAAGGAACAACUGGCCAUGGAAGUGAUGGGAAUCAAAGAAGCAUUAAUUGAUCUCAAGAGCGAACUUGAAACUUCAAAAGAAGGAGAAAUUGAUCUUAGGAACCAGUUGGAAAUUGCAUUGCUUGGGAAUGAUCAAUUAAAGGCUACCACUGAAGAGAUUGGAGAACAAUUGAACUCAGCAAGACAAGAAUCAGGACACUACCAACAAGCUUUGAUAAAGUUUCAAGAACAGGAUCUGGCUUUAGCUAAUGAGAAAGCUGCCAACUUAGCUAAUGAAGUGCAUCUGCUGAAAGAGAAGUUGCAGGAAGGUUCAUCGUAUGUUGCUACAUUAGAUUCCAAGAUCAGUGAACUUCUUGCUGACAAGCAGCAGUUGCAGGCUGACGUAUCCUCUCUUAAUGAGAGUUUAGAAGUUGCCAAGGCCCAGUUUGCCCAGACGGCUGACCAUUUGGCAGCCAGUGAGCAACAGAGGGUCCUAAUUUUGGAGCAGAAGGACAAAGCUGUAAGUGACUUGAAAAAGGCUCAACAUGAUUUCGAACUUCAAAUGAAUGAACUAUGCCGAACAGUAGAACAGUACAAAGAAGAAAAUCAUCGUACCAUUCAGCAGAAAGAGCGAGAAGUGGUCAAAUUGGACCAACUUCGUGCUGACCAGGACAAAGAACAUGUAGAAGUUGCCCACCUGAGGUCUUGUGUUGAUACACUUAACAAGGAACUGGAAGAUAUUGAACAAGCCAAGAGGUCUGCACUUGAUGAGUUGGAGUCUGGGAGAGAGUUGAUCAAGCAACUUAGGAUUCAACUUGAAACCAAGGAGAAGGAGGUGGACAAAAUGAAACAGCUUAACCACCAAAGGCCUGUGAUGUUACAACAUAGAGAUUGUAUUGUUCCCUCGACUCCAAAACCCUGCAGACCCAACCUACGACAGGCUACUACUCCUAGAAAUACUACUCCCAAAAGCAGCAGCAUCAGGCUAGAAUCUGUCGCUCGACCUCGAAGUAUUCUAAAGCCUUUGACUGAGAAUACACUACAGACUGCUAGUCAGAGCAAGGCAGUGGCUUUUAUUGGCUGUGCUUCUCCGACUUCUUCGGAAGCUACAGAGGAUGGUUUGCUGUCUCCACUUUCCACCUCUGUUCCUGCUAAAAAGGCCAAGUCACAGUCUGCAAGAGAUCCAGUCAUCAAGUCGCAAACUGGAAAAAGACAAACAUCAAGCAUCAUUGCCAAAAAGUCUAAAAGUCCACAGGUGUCUGUCUCCACUAAUAGAAGUCAUUCUAUUGCGAUGAGAAAAGAUAAGCCAUCCUCUGAUGCUGUUGAAUAUGAAUUGACCUUAUUCAAAGAGCUCUUUCCUGAAGCCGAACAACCUGCACGUCCAUCAAAAAAAUUUCCAAUUCAUAGACCUAGACAAAUCCUGAACACCAAACUAAACAAGAAGCAAAAACUCAAGCCUAGGGAAGAUGAUGCUGAGUGGAACGAUCCAGAUUCUGUGUUUCGUUUCACUGAUGAGGACUGAGGUUUAGUGCAUCACACGUAUAUGUAGUAAAACGUUGCUGUUGCAGCCUACAGGAGCCCUACAAUGCACACUAGAACUACUUUCCUGUUGUUGGGUGUGUACUUAUUAUGCAGAGCACUCUAUUAGAGAGAUUAACGAAUGAACAUGUAGCAUUAGCUUUAAACAACAGCGGAUGGCUGUGUGUCUGAACAAAUUCUCACGCAGUUAGUCAGUCAGUUGUUGAAUUUGCGCACGUGCCGAAGUGGCUAUUUAACAAGCCGAUCAAUUAUGAUAACGA